CAUGACGUCACUCGGUCGGCGGCUGGGAGCAGCACGACACGCGGUUAUGCGCUCUGAGCGACACCGCCUCUCUGCUCCCUUUUUGGGCUGACUGGACGGCGACUUUUCCGCUUCCGUACCUUCCAUCAGUACCCUGAAGGACAGGAUUUAAGAGGACUGAAGAUGAUCAUACUCAGCGUGGCUUCACUCAGCAGGACAUCACUUGCCGUGGACACGUGCAGAUGUUUGCAGUGAAGGAGGAAACUGGAGGUGAGGCGAGGCAAUAACAGGUGGAUCUGAAGGUGUGGAUAAGAGCUGAUCAUCAUGGGUAAAUCCAACAGCAAGCUCAAGCCAGAGGUGGUGGAGGAGCUGACAAGGAAAACCUACUUUACAGAGAAAGAAGUGCAACAGUGGUACAAAGGCUUCAUUAAAGAUUGUCCCAGUGGCCAGCUUGAUUCUGUGGGCUUUCAGAAGAUAUACAAGCAGUUCUUUCCUUUUGGAGAUCCCACAAAGUUUGCCUCUUUCGUGUUCAAUGUGUUUGAUGAAAACAAGGAUGGACGCAUCGAGUUCUCAGAGUUCAUCCAGGCCUUGUCUGUGACUUCUCGCGGGACACUGGAUGAGAAGCUUAGAUGGGCGUUCAAGCUGUAUGACCUGGAUAAUGACGGCUACAUCACCCGUGAUGAGAUGUUGAACAUAGUAGAUGCCAUUUAUCAGAUGGUGGGAAACACGGUGGAGCUUCCAGAAGAAGAAAACACACCAGAAAAGCGAGUGGACCGCAUUUUUGCAAUGAUGGACAAGAACGCGGACGGAAAGCUGACUCUGCAGGAGUUCCAGGAGGGCUCCAAGGCUGACCCCUCUAUUGUUCAAGCGUUGUCUCUCUAUGAUGGACUCGUGUAGGAAUGGAAGGUGAGCACGCUACCUGCAUACUCCGACAAGUGAGGAAAGUUCCAACCCACAUUGUGCUUUGUUCCACCCCCCCAGCACAAAGCUAAUACAAAUAAUAGUGUGUGUAGUGGCCAUAUAUAAAGAACACAAAAAAAACAAAACACAUUGAGCGACGCAGCUGCUUUCUGCUCUCAGUUUGUCCUUAUGAAUUAUUCAAGCGACCCACUUGUUUGCUGGCAAUCAAAUGGUCUUGCAGUGCCGAGCGAAGAGGAAGACGAGCCUCUCUCCUCUCUCGCUGCCUCGUGUAAUCCGCCAGCCGCUGCCAAUUGUUGCUGACGUUGUCGUUCAGCGUUUUGUCAACUGUGAAGUGAGCUUGUGAAUGCAUCUUUUGAAACGCGCCGUCGAAAGUGAUUAACCGCGCAUGUUCCGAGGAAAGACAGGUGAUCAUUCGCCAAAACCUCUUGGGCGGGUCCGGCUUUGGCACCCGAAACACACACAAAUGGGGGAAGACGAGGACACUAGCACACAUGCGCAUCCAGUAGUGGACUGACAAUAUUUGAAGUUUCUAUCAGCUGACAUUUCCCUAAGGCAGUGUUUUUCAACCACUGUGCCGCGGCACACUAGUGUGCCAUGAGAUACAGUCUGGUGUGCCGUGGGAGAUUAUUUAAUUUCACCUAUUUGGAGUAAAAAUAUUUUUUCAACUGCAAAUGAUGUGUCGUUGUUGAGUGUCGGUGCUGUCUAGAGCUCGGCAGAGUAACCGUGUAAUACUCUUCCAUAUCAGUAGGUAGCUAAUUCUUUGUAGAUGUCGGAAACAGCGGGAGGCAGUGUGCAGGUAAAAAGGUAUCUAAUGCUUAAACCAAAAAUAAACAAAAGGUGAGUGCCCCUAAGAAAAGGCAUUGAAGCUUGGGGGAGGCUAUGCAGAACGAUACUACAACUGAACUGGCUACAAAGUAAAUAAAAACAGAAUGCUGGACGACAGCAAAGACCAUACUUGCCAACCCUCCCGGAUUUUCCGGGAGACUCCCGAAAUUCAGCGCCUCUCCCGAAAACCUCCCGGGACAAAUUUUCUCCCGAAAAUCUCCCGAAAUUCAGGCGGACUCAGGUCCUCCACAAUAUAAAAAAGCGUACCUGCCCAAUGACGUUAUAACUGUAGAAUGAUGGAGGGCGAGUUCUUGGUUUCUUAUGUGGGUUUAUUGUUAGGCAGUUUCAUUAACGUCCUCCCAGCGCGGCAACAACACACAACAACAGCAGUCACUUUUUUGUAUACCAUAAAGCAGUUCGUCUGCCGUAAACAGCAAUGUUGUGACACUCUUAAACAGGACAAUACUGCCAUCUAGUGCAUUUGAUGAAAGCACUUUUGUGCGUGCCACACAGCAAUGCAUCAGAGAGGGUGUUAAGCAUGGUUCGAAAAAUAGUGACAGAGAAUAGAACAAGGAUGGACAAUUCAACCCUUAACUCAACAAUGAGUAGAUGAGUGUUAUGUGUGUGUAUAUGUGUAAAUAAAUGAACACUGAAAUUCAAG